UUUUCCUCCUUUCCUGGGCUGAACAUGGCCUGAUCUUUAUAUUUCUCCCUCUAUUCUUACCUCAGUGUGGACUGUUGACCUUCCCCGGAACCUAUCCCAUCUCAGGGCAAGCUCUGAUAGACACCGCUUCUUGAAUUACAGUACUUUCACACUCCCUACAUUUUUUUCUGAAAUCGGUCGCGUGACACCUAUCUAGUAGUAUUAAGCUAACUUGGAUCCCAGAAAAGACAGCUUGGUUUCCCUGGAUCAGAUCAGAGUCCGGUGGUUUCUUGUUUCCUAGUCGACCCCCCCCCGACAAUCUUCCCCGCCAUUAUGGACGGUCCGGAGCUUCGGAAGCGAAAGCAGGUUGCUGAUGUUAAAGAAAAACAUCAAGCUCGUACAGAUGCUGAACCCCGUCUUAAGCAUGGAAUCCCGAUGCAGGUUCUGCGUUCCCUUCUUCUUGCAACCUGGUUCAACUGCUGCUGUGUCAUUAUCCUGGUGACCCAGUUGAUCGGAUCUCCCCUGUACGUCAUCAACAAGCAUUAUUAUUACGCUUAUAUGUCAUAUACGAAACAAUCGUUUGGGUUGGUUAUCACGGCUCUCACCCAAUGGGGGUGUCCCACCUUUGUCCGGGUGAGCGGGGACAAGAGCGUGCGAGGUCAGAUUCAUCUGGCGAGCGAUGGCCGGCUCCGAACAACCUUUCCAGAGCGGCUCGUGAUGAUUGCCAACCAUCAAGUCUACACGGACUGGAUUUAUCUCUGGUGGAUUGCAUACGCCAACAUGAUGCAUGGUCAUAUCUUUAUCAUCCUUAAGGAAUCCCUUAAAUAUAUCCCGAUCAUUGGACAGGGCAUGAUGUUCUACGGGUUUAUUUUUAUGGCUCGCAAAUGGCUGUCUGAUAAACCACGACUUGAGCAUCGCUUACAGAAACUGAAGACACAACAUGUGGGAUCCAAGUCAGGGUCCCCGAAAUUCGAUCCCAUGUGGCUUCUAAUCUUCCCGGAGGGAACCAACCUAUCCCUCAACACGAAGCGACGGAGUGAUGAAUUCGGGCAAAAGCAAUCCCUCCCGUCCUUCAAACAUGAGAUUCUCCCGAGGUCGACUGGCCUUUUCUUCUGCUUACAACAGCUGCGGGGAACCGUUGAUUGGGUGUAUGAUUGUACAGUAGCCUAUGAGGGUCCUCCAAAGGGCAGCUAUCCGGACAAGUACUUUACCCUUCGAUCAACGUAUUUGCAAGGACGGCCACCCACUUCUGUAAAUAUGCAUUGGAGACGGUUUGCCGUCUCCGAGAUUCCCCUCGACGACCAGCAAGAAUUUGAUCUCUGGCUCAGGGAGCGCUGGAUGGAAAAGGACCAAUUGCUCGACCAGUGUUUUGAGACCGGCAGAUUCCCCUCUGACCUGGCCGACAGCAUCGAAGUUGGUCAUGGAGAUAAGGACCAACUAGCCGCAGCUGCUAACGGGUAUGUCGAGACACAGGUCCGGCUGGGUCAUUGGGCCGAAAUUGGCCGGAUAUUCAGAGUUUUGUUUGGUCUCGCUUUUCUGUGCAAAGCGCCUAAAGUGGUGGGUUUGUUAAACCCGGGCCGUUACUAGUACAGCACUUCCCAGGUGUUUAUUGUUAUCCCACUUUGGUUUAUGUAUUCAUUACUAUUCUUAUGACUGAUG